AUGGACGCCAGCAACGUCCAGCCUGCCGCCGGCUUCCAAGCCAUGGACGCCGACAUGGACAUCGACAUGGACAUUGACCUCACCACCGCCGACGACAUUGAAGCCUUCGACACUGAGGGCAUUACCAUUGAUGACACUGCUGCUUCGACCACUGCAAGUGGCGCACCGAAUGCUGUCGCAAAGGAGCCUCAGCUGGAGAAGGUGAACAUCGAGGGCGUUGACAACCUCACGACUGCCCAAGUGAAGGCGUACGCUCUUGGUCACUACCCUUCCGACCAUUAUGUCCGCAUUGAGUGGAUCGACGACUCCCACGCGAACAUUGUCUACGAAACUGGAAACGCCGCCCUCGAAGCCCUUGUCGGCCUCACUGACCCCGCCAAGCGCGAUCUUGCCACAGCAGCCGACACUUUGGAACAUGCUUUGGAACAGCGUGAUGCAAAGCCCUUCUUCGACAACCCGGAAGUUCAGUUGAAGAUUAGACUGGCGGUCAAUACUGACGUCAAAGCCCCGCGCGCACACGAGGCUAGCCGCUUCUACCUCAUGAACCCUGACAAAGACCCUUGGGAGAGAAGAAGGAGGCAACCGGGCGACCGUCGCAACGGAGGUGGCGAUGGAUACAACAGAAGGCGCUACGACGAUCGUGAGCAGAGGCGAAGGAAGGACAACGCCGAGUAUGACAUGGAUAUGUACGAUGAAGAAGGCUCUUCUAGGCCUCGGAAUGCCAGCAGGCGUCCCAGGCGCGGCUCGCUGUCAGACGACUCGUUGGAUGAUCGUAGGAGGGGCAGGAGAAGAGAGGCACCGAGCAAGAAUCUGGAUGACCUCCUUCCCUCCAAGGCUGAUGGACGUCUCCGCGACCGCAGCGCAUCACCGCUCCGCGAUGGUGACGGUCGAUAUGGUUUUGAGGAGGAUGAUGGCGCUGCGCACCGCCGAAUCCGCAGGAGGAGUUACUCGCCUCCGUCGAACCGGCUUCCCUCUGGCAACGGCAGCAAAGAGCUUUUUCCGGGACGCGGCGGUGCGACCAAGGAACUUUUCCCUGGAGCAGCCUCCAAGUCUACUCUUCUUUCGUCUACCGCUUCCAGCCCCAACCCCUCUACCAACACCAACUCCAACUCCACAAAAGAACUCUUCCCUAGCAAGGGCGGACAUACCCAUGGAAAGCGCUCUCGCGAGCUGUUCCCGCACAAGACAGCUCACAGCAAUCAUCGCCGCCAGGAUGCCUAUGAUUCUAGAGACCUUUCCGAGCAGGCAUUCACGAGGCCACGCAGUCUUGAGGAGCGCAUUACUGGCGGACCCAACAGCAAUGGCCGUCUCAAUGGUGAAGACCAAGGAUUUGCCGUUAAGGGUUCCGCAGACGCGCCUGGAUUCUCCAUCCGCGGUGCUGCAGAUGUUAGAGAGCUGUUCCCGAUGAAGUCUGGUGCCGGAUCCAACGCUGGAAAGGAGCUGUUCUCAGAGAAGAUCCAAGGUCGCGGUGAACCGAGGAGGAAGGCGGACAUGUAUUUUUGA